AUGCCUCAUCGUAGCCCCUCGUUGACGACCAGCUACACAUCAAAUGCAUGCACCACCAUGUCGUCACUACGAAACCCAUCGCGCAAAGUUUUAGUGGACGAGGAAGAGCUUCUUACUCGAGUCCGUGAAGUGACGUGUGCUGUUGCAUUGAAGAAUGCUAUAACCGACCCAGUCAAGUCUUGGGAUUCAACGAAACACACGUCGUGUAUUCGUCUUGGUUCUGGCCUUGGACGUGAAACUUUUGAGCUCUCAUCUCGUGCGUCAGGUGUUCAUGGUGAAGGCUAUGAAGUGAUGGCGGUCGGCUGUAUUGCAUGCAGUCCUCAAGAACUGGUCUCCAUACUGAGUCCACCCGACGAAACCGAAUACAAUGCGGCUAUGAAGGGACUAUACGGCCGUAAAUUCAUUUAUGGCUCGGUCGUGCAGACACUGAAUGUAGAUCAGUUGAAAGGUGUGAUGCCUGACGGUGAUCAGAUUACAGUGAGGACAGGAUGCUUUGCACGAUCAAGGAUACUGGCGCAUAACGAGCAGUGGUGUUAUCUCGAGCACUUCCAACGUACAAGCGAAUCUGUGACACACUCCGUGUCUUCGUCCGACACCUUUCAAGGGUUUUCUGUUACUCUCCUAUCAUUGUCGGAACGGGAGCUUGCAAUGGGGAAAGCCAUUGGAGGCCGUGUGGAUCAAAUUGACGGUAUCACGGCGUUGGUGGUUGUUGAUACUGUACCUGCAGUAUCCAAGGACGUAAGCGACGGCAAGUCGACCAAACUACGCGUGAUAUUUCACGCAUUGUACACAGGACACAAAGAGCUUGUUGCCGGUCAUGCAAGCGACAAGAUGGCACGUGCUAGACUAAUCGCUUUGGCUGAGGGUAUGCCUCGCCUCCCGGCUGUUGUGCGACGGCGACGCUUGGGCGUGCAAGUGUUUGCCAAACAAUCUGUGGAUGUACCUAUGCCCAAGGCCAAAGCUAAGAACUGGCGCUGCAUCUCGUGCACGAAAGGUCUUCGUUUGAAUGCAUUACUACGCUGCACCCGCCGAUGUCAGCUUUGCGCAUACAAUGUGUGCAAGGCGUGCUGGUCUCGCGAAAACAUCGAGACCAACAACGGUAUUGUCGUGACAAGGGGUGUCUGCAAUCGCUGUCUCGAGUGGGUAGACCGCUGUAACUACUCUUACAUUCAUGGUGGCCACCGUGGAACAGUGCAGAUUAUCGACGACCCAAAACCGAGUGAAGCCUCAUCAAUGCGACCACCUGUCGGUCGAAGUUUACGCGAAGAUCUUGCAGUUGAGAGCACGAAAGCAGCUGCGGUGACAGUGAUCAAUAUGCUCUUGAGCUACUCAAAGCCUACAGCAAAUGCCACUUACACCGAAAGGACUGCAGUUGAUGCAGAGGACGAGAAAGAUUACAUGUCAGCCGUGGAAGAAUACUUCCAGAGACGAGCGAGCGAGGCACCAGCUGCUGCAGACUGCGUGCUGGCAAAUGCCAUGCAGCGGACGUAUCCGUUGCACCCGACGGACGCAGGAUCUCCUUCCGCUCCAAUCCCCGAAAAUGAAGCUGCACGAUUGAAGUGCAUUGACACAUUCAAGCUCAUGGACAUCAAGGACCCAAUGCCCGAGUUGGACAUCAUUUGCUCCUUCUUGAGUAAAGAGCUUGGAUUUUUCUGUACAAUGAUCACAAUCGUGGGCGCGACACACCAGUUGGUGUUGAGCUGCACGAUGCUUGAGCUUGUGCAAGCCAUGCUGCCUCGUGAACAUACCUUUUGCCAGCACCUGCUCAUGGGUGACGCACCCUUUAUUAUUCGAAACCCCGAAGCAGAUAUUCGAUUUUACAAUCUAAACCCCGUGACGCUCCAAGGCGUCAAAUAUUACUGCGGCAUCCCGAUCAUGGGAUUGAAUGGAAUGAUGAUAGGCUCUAUUUGCUGUGUACACAGUUCGGCCAUGGAUAUCACACGUUCACAGUACGAUACGCUGGUGCGAUUCGGUGAAAUUGCAUCGAAGAUUAUUCGAGUGAAGGCUGAGGCCAACCUGCAGAGUUUGUAG